CCUGCAUGCAUGAUGACAUCAGAAAAUCAGGUUAGGUUAGCAGUAGCACAGCUAGAAAGCUAGGGGAGUGGAGAGGAAAGAGCCUGUGUACUCGGGACUACGAGGCCGGGGAACGGUACAUUGGCAUUUCAUCUUUUCGGUCUACAGUCCCCACGGAUGGGAUAGAUGUUGGUACUGCGAUGAGUGUGAAGGCCUUUGAGCUGGUCCCUGCUGUGGAGCGAGAGCUCCUCAUGGGCGACAAGCAGCGCAUCAACAUCGAGUGCAUCGAGUGUUGUGGCAAACACCUGUAUGUGGGCACCAACGACUGCUUCAUUCACCACUUCCUCCUGGAGGAGCACACCUCCUCCAAGGGCAAGCUGACAUAUGUGGCUCAGAAGCUCCUGCACAAGUACUUGGGCCUUAAGAAGCCCGUGGCGGAGCUGCGGGCGGCGUCGGCGCUGGAGCGCCUCAUUGUGCUCUGCGACGCAACCAUCACAGUGGUCGACAUGGUCACCCUGGAGCCCGUGCCCUUAGGCGGGGCCAAGAUCCGAGCGGUGGCCGCCUUCUGCGUCAACGAGAACCCGGUGAACGGCGAUCCGUUCUGCGUGGAGCUUGGCGUGAUCUCGGCCAAGCGGAGGACUGUGCAGAUAUACAUGGUGUACGAGGACAAGGUGCAGCUGGUCAAAGAGGUGACCACGCCCGAGCAGCCCUGCGCUGUCAGCCUGGACGGCUAUUUCCUGUGCCUGGCCCUGUCCUCGCAGUACAUGAUCCUGAACUACAGCACGGGGGCCUCCCAGGACCUCUUCCCCUACGACAGCGAGGAGAGGAAGCCCAUCAUCAAGAGAAUCGACAGGGAGGAGUUUCUCCUGGCUGCCCCUGGUGGACUCGGGAUGUUUGCCAACGCCGAGGGGAUAUCCCAGCGUGCACCAGUGAACUGGUCGGAGAGUGUGAUCGGGGCGGCGGUGUGUUUCCCCUACGUCGUGGCGCUGGACGAAGGCUUUGUCACCGUGCACAGCAUGCUGGACCAGCAGCUCAAACAGACCCUCUCCUUCAGGGAUGGACACAUCCUCCAGGACUUUGAAGGCAAGGUCAUUUUGGCGUCCACCAAGGCUGUGUAUGUGCUGGUUCCCCUGCCUCUGGAGAGACAGAUCCAGGACUUGCUAGCCAGCCACAGAGUGGAGGAGGCCCUGACCCUCACAGAAGGUGCUCGGAGAAACAUUCCCAAAGACAGGUUCCAGAUUUUGCACAAAAGAAUUCUCCAGCAAGCUGGAUUCAUCCAGUUUGGACAGCUUCAGUUUCUAGAGGCUAAAGAACACUUCAGAAAUGGCCAGCUGGAUGUCCGGGAGCUGAUCUCUCUCUACCCCCUGCUGAUGCCCUCCACCUCCUCCUUCACCCGCUGCCACCCUCCUCUCCACGAGUUCGCCGACCUCAACCACCUGGCCCAGGGCGACCAGGAGAAGGUGCAGCUCUGCAAGAGGUUCCUCAUCUCCUACCUGGGCGAGGUGCGCAGCACGGAGGGCGCCAACGGCUGCGGCGAGGACGUGGACACGGCGCUGCUCAAGCUGUACGCCGAGCAGGACCACACCAGCUUGCUGGACCUGUUGGCCUCCGACAACGCCUGCCUGCUGACCGACAGCGCCCCCUGGCUGGAGAAACACCACAAGUAUUUUGCUCUGGGACUGCUCUAUCGUUAUAACGGCCAGGAUUCAGCAGCCGUACAGAUGUGGGUGCGGGUGGUGAACGGGGACCUCCAGGACUCCACCCGGUCAGACCUGUAUGAGUACAUCGUGGACUUCCUCACCUUCUGCCCCAGUCUGGACCUGGUCUGGAAGUACGCCGACUGGGCUCUCCAGAGAGACCAGACGAUAGGAGUCCAGAUCUUCACCAAGCGGCCGGUCGGCAAGGAGCAGCCGGGUCAGCCCGACCCGGAUGAUGUCAUCGCGUGUCUCCAGAAGCACAGCCGGGCUCUGCUGCUCUACCUGGAGCAGCUGGUGCUGGAGCGGCGCAUCCAGAAGGAGAAGUUCCACACCCACCUAGCGGUUCUGUAUGUGGAGAGGGUCCUGGCUCUGCUGUCCCAGGCCCCCCCGGCCCCCCAGGAGCAGGUGGGCCCAGCCAGGGACAAGCUGCAGCUGCUGCUCCGGGAGUCCAGCCUUUACCGGGUCCAGCUGCUGCUGGGUAAGAUCCAGGACUCUGAGCAGCUGCUUCUUGAACGUGCCACGCUCCAUGGGAAGCUGGAGGAGCACGACAAGGCGUUACACAUCCUGGUGCACCAGCUGAAAGACUUCCCCUCCGCCGAGGCCUACUGCGUGUGGGCCUCCUCCUCUCGAGACCCUGCUUACCGGCAGCGCCUGUUCCACCUGCUCCUCGGGGUGUACCUGAACCAAGACCUGCCGCCAGCCGUGCCAGGCGCUGGCCAGCUGGAGAUGGCAGCCGUGGACCUGCUAAACCGCUACGGCGAGGUGUUUGACGCCGUGCGCGUACUGAGCAUGCUCCCCGAAGGCUGGUCGCUCCAGCUGCUGAAGCCCUUCCUGGGUCGGGCCGUCAGGGCCAGCAUGCACGCCUGCCGGACGUCCCAGGUCGCACUGGGGCUGGCGCGCUCGGAGAACCUCCAGCUACAGCACGACCGGCUGAAGCAGAGGCGGAGCCCCGUCUUAGUGUCUGAUAAGAAAGGAUGCCACCUGUGCCACAACACGUUCAACGAGCCCGACUGCGUAUGCCUGCCAGGGGGGGUGCCCGUCCACACGCAGUGUGCCGCCCAAAGGGUCAGAGACUCGCCCACUAAAAGACAACUGACCAAUAGUAGCAAUCAUACAUGAGACCCUGCCUACUCAGGCCCAGCUCAGGGGAGAACUGUGGUUGAAGGAGCCAUGUUGUGUUUGUGGGUCACAGCACGUUCUGGAAGGAGACGGGGUCAGGAAUGCUAUAGCAUACUUGUGGCUCGGAUCACUGGAGCCCAUUGUGAUGCCAACAUGGAAACUCAGAGCUGCUCCCUUUCCACUACUCAAUGUGUGUGUGAGCGUGCGUGCGAGCGUGAGUGAGUGAGAGAGAUAAUCUAUGAAGAUAUUUACUGAUGUCCAUCCAUUAUACACUGAGAAUUGCCUGACAGACAGACUGAAUUAGGAAUCAAAAAACCCAAAUACACCAAACUAACCCCUAAUUUCCCUCCAAACAGUAACACAAACUCAUAAUGAAAUCUCAAACUAGGCCUGGUCUAGUCCUUUACAAGACUAGUCCAGCUCUGAACCACCAUUGUAAAAGUAUAGUCCAGGUACUGGUUCUGAACCCUAGGUCUUAAGCUGGUCCACGGGGAUGGUUCUGACUACCAGAACAUCUCCUGGCUCACCACAGCAGCUCCAUCUGGACCGAGGCCUCUGAGCCUGGGAUGACAUCGAGCACAUCUGAGGAAAGCCUUCCUGGCUCCAGUCUUGGAUGGGUUUCUACGCCUCUGUACUUCAGUACCACAUGUUGUUUCCUCACUAUGCGAGAACCUUUUGGCCGACAGGUUACAGGCCACCAUCAUGGUUCACUUGGAUAAUGUUGACACAACAAACUGUCUCAGUAACCGAGUGGAGAUUUGUCUUAGCACCCAAUACCGUCAGGAGAGUUCUUACUGUCAGCAGCACCUUAGAUGUGAAUUGCUGGAAUGUUCAACUAACCAAAUCUAUAUCUGCUAAUGGUCACAAAACAAUGUGAUACCAGGUUGAAGUCAAACGUGAUGGUUAACUCCUGUUAACAGGGAUGCUUCCAGUAGUUCAACUAUAACUGUUGAAAUGUCAUUGGUUUUCCUGAUGUAAGAGCUGGUUGAUACUAAAAGUAAAAGAGUAAAACUUCAAAGGGAAACGGAAAACCGUGGCGUGUAGGUUCAUGUGUCUGUCCUGCUUCUGAAGGUUAUCAAAUCCUUUUUGUGAUAAAAAAUGUGUUAGAUGUCACCUUUGGCAAUAGAGGAAGGAUAAGCACAGUCCAGUGAAAUGACUCGUGGCCUGCUCUUGCCCUGUACCAUAGCUUGUUUCUCUUGUCUGUGAAUGCAAGCAAACAUGAGUCUUCUGUGUGUCUAUUGAAUUUGAGUUCUUUUAUAAAAAAAGAAAGUCGCCUGAUCAGAUCUGUCACAGAAACUGUUUCAAACUGGUGAUGGGGAAUGAAACUGAUUUUUUUUUAGCA